GCCUCGCUGCCGCGGGGCCAUGAGCUUGGCGCGCUGAGCGGGCAGAGCCGCGACGAUGACGGUGGAUUUCGAGGAGUGCAUCAAGGACUCGCCCCGGUUCCGGGCAACCAUUGAUGAAGUGGAAACAGAUGUGGUGGAGAUAGAAGUGAAGCUUGACAAGCUGGUGAAGCUCUGCAGCAGCAUGAUUGAAGCAGGCAAAGCCUACAUCACCACCAACAAGCACUUCGUCAGCGGCGUCCGGGAUCUGUCACAGCAGUGCAAGAAGGAUGAGAUGAUUUCUGAGUGCCUGGACAAAUUCGGAGACAGUCUGCAGGAGAUGAUUAACUACCACAUGAUCCUGUUUGACCAGGCUCAGAGGUCAGUCCGGCAGCAACUACACAAUUUUGUGAAAGAUGAUGUGCGGAAGUUCAAGGAAACCAAGAAGCAGUUCGACAAGGUGAGAGAGGACAUGGAGAUUUCCCUGGUGAAGAAUGCCCAGGCACCUCGGCACAAACCUCAUGAAGUAGAGGAGGCCACGGGCACCCUGACCAUCACCAGAAAGUGCUUCCGGCAUCUGGCCCUAGACUAUGUGUUACAGAUUAAUGUUCUGCAGGCCAAGAAGAAGUUUGAAAUCCUGGAUGCGAUGCUGUCCUUCAUGCAUGCCCAGUACACCUUUUUCCAGCAGGGCUACAGUCUUCUCCAUGAACUGGAUCCCUACAUGAAGAAACUCGCUACAGAGCUGGACCAGCUGGUGAUCGACUCUGCAGUGGAGAAGAGGGAGAUGGAGCACAAGCACGCUUUGAUACAGCAGAGGACACUCCUGCAGGAUUUCUCCUAUGAUGACUCAAAGGUGGAGUUUAAUGUUGAUGCCCCCAAUGGAGUGGUGAUGGAAGGCUACCUCUUCAAGAGAGCUAGCAACGCUUUCAAGACGUGGAAUCGGAGGUGGUUCUCCAUACAGAACAGCCAGCUGGUGUACCAGAAGAAGUUAAAGGAUGUCCUCACAGUAGUGGUGGAAGACCUGCGGCUCUGUACCGUCAAGCCAUGCGAAGAUAUAGAGAGGAGGUUUUGCUUUGAGGUUGUCUCACCUACCAAGAGCUGCAUGCUGCAGGCCGACUCGGAGAAGCUGCGCCAGGCCUGGAUUCAGGCUGUUCAAGCCAGCAUUGCCUCUGCUUACCGGGAGAGUCCUGACAGCUACUACAUCGAAAGGCUGGAUCGGACUGCGUCCCCAUCCACCAGCAGCAUCGAUUCGGCUACUGACUCCAGGGAGCGCAGUGUGAAAGGGGAGACCAUCCUGCAGAGAGUUCAGAGCAUCCCAGGGAACGACCAGUGCUGUGACUGCGGGCAGCCCGAUCCCCGCUGGGCCAGCAUCAACCUGGGCAUUCUCCUGUGCAUCGAGUGCUCUGGUAUCCACAGGAGUCUGGGUGUUCACUGCUCCAAAGUCCGAUCUCUCACRCUGGACUCCUGGGAGCCAGAAUUACUGAAACUGAUGUGUGAGCUGGGGAACAGCACUAUGAAUCAGAUAUACGAGGCACAGUGUGAAGAAUUGGGACUUAAGAAGCCCACAGCAGGGAGCUCCAGGCAGGACAAGGAAACCUGGAUCAAGGUGAAGUAUGUGGAGAAGAAAUUUCUGAAGAAGCUGUCAAAUGGGGAGGCCCUGACGGAGAACGAGAGGAAACCUCGGCGCUGGUGUGUGAARAAGUGUCAGAGGAACAACAGCACCACGAAAGCCCCCACGGCUCGGAGGAAGUACCGCCACGAAGCAAAUGCCUCGCCAGCCACGUUAGCUUCAGCAGCCACCCUGGAGCGGAAGUUCCGGCGAGAUUCUCUCUUCUGCCCUGACGAGCUGGACUCUCUCUUCUCCUACUUUGACACCGGUGCUGGCUCUGGCCCACGCAGUGCCAGCCACAUCUCUAUGCAGCAUCCGCUAGCAGGUGGCCCAUGGAGUGGCAGUGGCAUUGGUCCCGGUGGGAGCGGUACGCCGUUCCUCCUGGACGGAGGUUUGAGCAGUGACAGUGGCCUUGGAGGCAGCACCGACGGCAGCACCGAUAUCCUGGUGUUUGGUUCCGUGGUGGACAGCGUGACAGAGGAAGAGUGCGAGGUAUCUGAAGAGUCGAGCGGCGAGGCAGAGAUUGAGCAGGAAGCGUCGGAUCUGGAGGACCUGAGGGAGCUUCAUCCUGGCUUGCUCAUUUACAAGGCAGCACAGGCUCGAAACCUGCCUCUCCUGGCAGAAGCGCUGGCACACGGUGCCGAGGUCAACUGGGUGAAUGACGAAGAUGAAAACAAAACGCCCCUGAUUCAAGCUGUGAUGGGGGGUUCUUUAAUAGCCUGUGAAUUCCUGCUGCAGAAUGGAGCAGAUGUUAACCAAAGAGAUAGCCGGGGCCGCGCUCCCUUGCACCAUGCUACCUACCUGGGCCACACUGGCCAGGUCUGCUUGUUCCUSAAGCGAGGAGCAAAUCAACAUGCAGUGGAUGGCGAUGGGCAGGACCCCCUCAGCAUUGCAGUCCAGGCAGCAAAUGCAGAUAUAGUCACCUUGCUGCGUCUGGCUCGAAUGAAYGAGGAGAUGCGAGAAGCAGAGGGCCCCUUCGGACAACCAGGUCAAUACCCCAGCAACAGCCCUACUGAGCUCCAGUACAGGAAAUGUAUACAGGAGUUCAUCAGCCUUAACAUAGAUGAGUGUUAGUGACGACUCCCCCRCCUCCCCUUUUGCCAUCUUGAAGUUGGGCUGGAUUUCUAGAAGCCGUGUGAGCCCCACCCUUGGUAUAUUGGUGUUUCUGGCAGAUUGGUCUGUCUCUUAUGCCUGCACAUAUAGGUUGGGAUCCACCAGGAAGGAGAAAGGACCUCUCCUGUCAGCAUGAAGUUACCGUGCUUGCCUACUGCAUAGUUGAUUGCCUGGAGGAGUCUUAGGGCAUAAGCACAGACCAUGGCGUGUGGGCUUGUGUGUGUGUGUGAUAAGUAUGUAAGACCAGAGCUCAGCACAAAACAAGAAAAAAAAAAAAAGAGAGAGAGAAAAAAAGAAGAAAAGGAAACCCUCUAUCACCAGGAGAAAUCCACCAACAACAUGAUCAGACCAACCCGUCACGUUUCUGCUGCAGUGUAGUUCCUAUSCACUGAAUUCUUGUCUGAACAGUUGGCUUGGAGGGGAGUCUGUCCAGGAGCCCUCCUGGCGGUGCGACCCGCAGCCCGGGGCUGCUGCAACAUACAGAAGCCGCUGGGGCCAAUUUAGAAAGCAAAGCUAUGACCUCUAAGCCAGGAAGAGUCUGUCUWGUGGGGCCUUUGCUCCAGCAGGCCCAAGGGAAGGGUUGAGAGCGAUGGCCACCCACCUAAGGUGCUCAGGUCUAUAGCAGCCACGCUUCCUUUCUUUGGGGCCCGUGGUGGCUCGCUGGUCAAAGCCAUAGCCCAUAGCGUGCCCCGCGCUGCCGCGGGAUCAGCACGUUGCUAGCGAAGCAGCACCGCCGGCUCUCGGAGGCGGGCAGGAGCUGCUCGCUGGCGACAGGCCUCGCGUCAGGGAUGAAAAGCCAAGUCCAAUUCCCACUGCCGAAAUGGCCCCCUGAAACGCGCGGUUUGAGUUCGGCUCUGUGUUCUGGUCACUUCAGAUUUCCGACUUAGCACCUCUGUGGAGACUUCUGUUUGCAUGUGUAUCCCUUCCCUGCGUAGCCUGCAUGCUGAAAUGUAGGAGUAGAGCAUCUCGGCAGCUGGCCCAGGAAUCUGGAGUUUCCUGAAUCCAAGGACCAGCAAAACCUUCUUCMUAUUUCCUCCCUUACUGGAGUGGGGGAACAUAUUUCUACUCAGAGCACUUUGUUGCUGUUUUUAUAGUCAGUGUUUCAGGAAUCAUGCUGUGCAGAGAUGCUGCAACCUUGUGGACUCGCAGAGCCACUUCCCUUGGGCUGGGAAUUGGGAUGCCCAGGACAUCCAGGUGUCCUGGGAUUGCUUCUGGAUGCCAUCAGCUGCUGCUGCCAUCAGAGUUCUCUGCUGCCCGUGGAGGGCAGUCCGCAACUGGCAUUUGCUCCUGCUUGSGCUGCUAGCCCUGGUUUGGGCCACGGUGCCUUACAGGAGAUGCUGRAAUCUGGAGGGAUCCGAAUCCCACAAGGAACACAGGUCAGGAGGCAGGUGGGAGUUCCCAAUCCCUCUGUUAUGGCAGUAGCAAUAGUCGUUUUUUCAUCCUAUGUAUCUUUGUCUCCUCCACUUUUUUUCAUACUGGUUGCUGUCAUGCUGCAGCUCUUGGUAGACUAGAGUCUAGCACUCUGAGUUAUUUCUACUUAUUUCUACUGCUGAAGGUUCUGCCCUCAGAUGCUGAACCAACAAUACUUGGACCAACCACAUGUCUAAAAAUCAAACAGUAGCGAACUCCCCUUGGACUCUGGUCCUCUCAGUUCAAGGGGAGUCCCUGCUCCCUCAGGGAAAUGCUGCCCCAGAUUUUGCUGCAAACGGACCACAAUUUUGUCUGUGCAAUGUGGGUCUCUUAUCUGGCCCUUUUGGCUUUCUCAUGCCUUUUCUCUCUGGAGCUAAGUUCUGAUUUCAAUUCCAGCUGUCGUGAAUCUGGAAUAGUCCUGGAGUUGCUGGCAGUCCAGAAUCUGGCCUCAGGGCCUUUCUUUCCAAAAUAAUCAUCUUCCACCCAUCUUAGAAAAUCCAAAAUGACUGAGCUCAGCCCCGUUAGUCCCUUGAGCUUCAGGAAUGCUGCGUUCACCCCAUCUCUGCACCCUUGGAGGCCUCUGACYCCGGAGCCCUCUCCGUGUUUCCUGUAGCA